ACCACCCUCACCAUCCAUCUCAGCCCGCCAUGUCGUCGCCCAUUCCCGUUGCCAUCCUCGGCUUCUCCUCCUCGGCGCGCACCUUCCACCUGCCGCUGCUGCUCGCCUCCUCCUCCUCCUUCUCCCUCCACACCAUCCAGCAGCGCAGCACCUCGAGCUCCGCGCCCGCCUCUGCCUCCUUCCCCAACGCCCGCAUCGUCGAUGGCGUCGCCGAAGUCUUCGCCGGCGCAGACCGCCUGCCCGAGCGCGGCCUCGUCGUCAUCACCACCGCCAACGCCACGCACUUUGACUUUGCCAUGCAGGCCAUCACGCACAAGUGCCACGUCGUCGUCGAGAAGCCGGCCGUGCUGAGCACGCGCGAGGCCGACGAGCUCAUGGCCGCGGCAGAGCAGGCCGGCGUCGUGUGCACCGUGUUCCAAAAUCGUCGCCUCGACGCCGACUUCCUCACGCUGCGCUCGCUCCUGGCGCCGCCGACGGGCGAGUCGCCGCUGGGCCAGCUGACGCGCCUCGAGAGCCGCUUCGAUCGCUACCGUCCCUUUCCCAAGGGCGGCUGGCGCGAGGAGAAGGCGUGGCAGGAGGGCGGCGGCGUGCUGUGGGACCUGGGCAGUCAUCUGGUCGAUCAGGCUCUGCUCCUCUUCGGCCCGCCCGAGGCGAUCAGCGCCCUUGUGCAGGCCACGCGGCGGCCCGAGUCGUCCGUCGAGGAUGACUUCCUGCUGCACCUGCACUACCCCUCCACCUCCGUCGGCGGUCUGCGCAUCACGCUAGGAGCUUCCUGCGUGUCGCCCUUCCUCGACGCCGAGCAGCCGCGCUUCAUCGCACAGGGCCUCAAGGGCAGCUACCUCAAGCGCGGCCUCGACCCGCAGGAGAACCAGCUCAAGGCCGGCCUCUCGCCCACUUCCUCCAACUUUGGCUCCUACAGCGAUUCAGAGCGCGCUUCGCUCCGCCUCGGUCGCCUUACCACCAGCGUGCCGCCCAAGCCCGCAAAGGAGGGCGAGGCGCCGAACCAGCCUCUCCUGGCGAGCGCAGACAUCCCGACACUGCCCGGCGCAUACGUGCGCUUCUAUGAGGCCGUCGCUGCCGCGAUUAGAGGCGAGGAGAAGCCGGACAGCUUCGUCACGCUGCAGCAGAUGAAGGACAACACGCGCGCACUGCUGCUGUGCCGCAAGAGCGCAGAGGAAGGACGCAGCGUCAAGUGGACAGAGGAGGUGUAGACGCAGCAAUGCAUCGAUGCUCUCUGCGCGAGAAAGCGUGAA